CUAUUUAUCCCAAAUCCACAAAUUGAACUUUGUUAUAGUUUUUAGAAGGCAGGUCGAAUCUAUCUACUCCGUCUCCAUAAAUUUCUUUGUUUAAAGUUGUUUUUUAGCUUGUCAGCUUACUCUCACCGAACGCACAAUGGCAGAGAAGAUAACCGUCGAAGGCGGAAAAGCGUCCAACGGGGACGCUCACCUUGAUGAGCUGGCUCUUCCCAAUGGAGUGGCCGGGCACAAGAAGAGUCCACCUGAGCCACUUGCCCAGAGGCUGAAGCGGAUAGCCAGGGCAAAUUUACUAGUAAUAUUGACCGUGUCUGCGGUCAUAGUUGGCGUUUUAAUCGGACUUGCUGUGCGCAACGCAGCACUGACCAAAACGCAACAAAUUUAUUUUGGCUUCCCCGGUGAGCUGUUGAUUCGCUUGCUGAAGAUGAUCAUCAUUCCCCUGGUUGUGUGCAGUUUGGUGUCAGGAGCAGCAAGUAUCGAUCCCAAAGCCCUGGGCAAACUCGGAGGAUGGGCGAUGCUGUUCUUCUUAGUAACUACCUUGAUCUCUUCAGCCAUUGGGGUGAUAAUGGCUCUUAUUAUCCGACCCGGCUCAGUUGAGGGUGGCGGCGGACUCAAAAUGGAUUCAGGAGAAAGCAACAUUCCCGAAUCCAAAGAAGUUGUCGAUUCCUUUUUAGACUUGAUCAGAAACAUCUUCCCUUCCAACCUGGUGUCCGCAGCGUUCCAGUCGGUGAGUUCCACCUCUGACUCUGUCCAUUUAUCAGACAAGAGAGAUGGAUUAGUUUGUGUACAAGUUCCGUUUGGCACUGACGUAGAUGGGAUGAACAUCCUAGGACUGAUUGUCUUUGCAAUGGCGUUUGGCGUGGCCCUGAGGAAACUGGGCGACGAAGGAGAGAUCCUUAUCAAGUUUUUCGGUGCCUUUAAUGAGGCCACUAUGGUGCUCGUGUCCUGGAUCAUGUGGUACGCUCCGAUUGGUAUUAUGUUCUUGGUGGCCUCUAAGAUCGUUGAGAUGGACGACGUGGGGAACCUGUUUGCCAGUCUGGGGAAGUACAUCGCCUGCUGCGUGGCCGGCCACCUUGUUCACGGCCUGCUCAUCCUCCCUCUCAUUUAUUUCAUCUUCACAAGGAAGAACCCCUACACCUUCCUCACGGGCCUCCUCACUGCCCUUGCCACCGCCUUUGGAACCUCGUCCAGUUCUGCCACUUUGCCGCUGAUGAUGAAGUGUGUGGAAGAGAACAACGGUGUCUCCAAACACAUCAGUCGUUUCAUUCUACCCAUCGGCGCCACGGUCAACAUGGACGGUGCAGCCUGCUUCCAGUGCGUGGCCGCAGUCUUCAUCGCUCAGCUCAACGAAAUCCCACUCAACUUUGUCCAAAUCAUCACCAUCCUAGUGACAGCGACCGCGUCCAGUGUGGGAGCUGCUGGGAUCCCCGCAGGGGGCGUGUUGACUCUGGCCAUCAUUCUAGAAGCUGUGGGACUGCCAACCAAUGACCUCUCACUCAUCCUCGCUGUGGACUGGAUUGUUGACCGUACCUGCACAGUCAUUAACGUUGAGGGCGACGCUUUUGGGGCGGGGCUUCUGCAAUACUUCGUGGAUCGCACGUCGCGAGGCGGCGAGGUGGCGGAGCUGAACGAGGUUCGGACGGAGGAUGACGACGCCCCCGUCAAACCCGAGCACUCGCCACUCAUCGAGAAACGCGACACGGAGCUUCAGGAAAUAGCACCCGGCGCAAGAUCCUGCGAAAAAGAGUCCGUUAUGUAAAUAGACAACACCACCAGCCAAUCACAUCUCUACUUUACAAAACUCUGUAUCCCUCUGGACCCUCCUCCACAAGAGGCUAGCAACCAAAUGGAUGCAGGGAUAGCUUAUCUCCAACAAGUCAAAGACAAUCCAAAAACCGUCUCUCUGUGAGAGGAAUCUGUCAAUGUUUCAUACAGAAAGACAAAAGACAAAGCAAAACAGAACUAUUCAAACUUUUUUUUUUUGGAUAAUUAUUUAUGAGCUGUAG